UUAUCGGUCCUUGAGGAAAAUGGCGCUCACUUCUUCAAUGUCUCAUAGUGCAAUUCUGAAACUGUCUUCCUCCACGCAUGGCGAAUCGUCUUCUUCGUCAAGUUCUACUCUUUUCAUGGGAGCUCCGAUUUCCUUGUCGCGCUCUACGCUUUCUGGAAACCAAUCACUUCAUAGAAAACAACUUGUGGUUUUCUCUAGGAAGAUGUCAGGAUUGGAGGAGGCCAUCAGAAUCAAAAGAGCACGCGAGCUUCAAGGUGGGGCAGAGGUCAAGAAAAGGCCUCCAUUGAGGCGGGGUAGAGUAUCACCACGUCUCCCUGUCCCUGACAAUAUACCGAAGCCUCCUUAUGUUGGUUCAAAUACAUUGCCCGAAAUUUCAAGUGAGUAUCAAAUUCAUGAUUCUGAUAGCAUUGCUAAAAUGAGGGCUGCUUGUGAGCUUGCGGCUCGUGUCUUAAACUAUGCAGGAACUUUGGUUAGGCCUUCUAUAACGACAAAUGAAAUUGAUAAAGCAGUGCAACAGAUGAUAAUUGAUGCUGGUGCUUAUCCCUCACCCCUUGGAUAUGGUGGAUUUCCAAAAAGUGUGUGCACAUCUGUUAAUGAGUGCAUGUGCCAUGGAAUACCUGAUUCCCGGCAGUUACAGAACGGUGACAUUAUUAACAUUGAUGUGACGGUCUAUCUGAAUGGAUAUCAUGGAGACACAUCAAAGACAUUUUUCUGCGGGGAUGUAAGUGAUGCUAUGAGAAAGCUUGUUAAGGUAACUGAAGAGUGCAUGGAAAGGGGAAUAGCUGUUUGCAAGGAUGGUGCUCCUUUUAGAAAAAUUGGGAAGAGAAUCAGUGAGCAUGCUGAAAAGUAUGGCUAUGGUGUAGUGGAGCGUUUUGUUGGUCACGGUGUGGGAACGGUUUUUCAUUCCGAGCCAAUAAUUUUUCAUCAUCGUAAUGACAAGCCUGGGUGUAUGGUUGAAGGUCAAACAUUUACCAUAGAACCUAUCCUUACGAUGGGAAGCAUCGAGUGCAUUACAUGGCCAGACAAUUGGACAACAGUGACUGCUGAUGGGAGUCCAGCGGCUCAGUUUGAGCACACAAUUUUGAUCACUAGGACUGGAGCAGAAAUUUUGACUACCUGUUAAAUUCUGACAAGAUCAUGUGAUUUUGAAUGCUACGUGGGUCAUUAAUUAAUUGUAAAUAACUUGCCUCCUUUCUUCCGGUUCUGGUGAGAGCUAUAUAGGAAGGCUAGGCCAGACCCAUGGAGAUAGAGACACCACAGAGUAGUGAGUACCAUCUUCUCUUGUGCAUAUGUAUACGUAUAGAUUCAUUCAAUGUAUGAAUAUUAUUGUCUCUGUCAAAAACACAGAGAUAUCUGAGAUGUGAUUUUUUAGUUUUACAUUUAUUGUGUCAGCAAAUGCAUGAGUUUGCUGCUGCUAAACAGUGGAAACUUGCAAUAAUGCAUUUUGGAGGGUUGCUGAUCCUAUUUGAGUAGC